GCAAGUGCAGAAAGCCGCCUCCCGGGAGACGCCAGGGUGCAGGCGGCGGGCCUCGCCGCCGGCGGCCGCCCGCGGCAAGUGCCUGGCGAGGUGCGACGAGGCCCUCGUCCCUGACCUGGCUGCCGUGACGAAGGCACUGGAGCACGGGCGGCUGCAGCUGGAGCAACAGGCCCGCGGCCUCGAGCGCGCCUCCCCGCUGGAGGCCUGCGACCUGCUGCGCGCCUGGGCGCAGAGCCUGCGCCGCCGCCCGCGCCCCGAGGAGUCGCUGGCAUCUUGGAGGGCGCAGCUGCUGCAGAGCUCGGCCCUGGAGAUUGCCCUCGGGGCGAUGCAGCGGAACCGCUCCCUGCGGGCCGUCCUGCUCGACCGGCCGCUGUUCGGCGGCCCGGGCGUGUCCGUCCGGGCGCCGGCCGAGGGCUCGAUCGGUCGAACUCACAGGUGGCACGUGGGGGAGGCCCUGGCUGGCGUUGGGAGGGAGCUCCCCCUGGUGCUGGCCAGGUGGGUCUUCCUGGACGGCGAGUCGGACGCCGAGGAGGCCGAGAGCCCCGAGCAGGGCGCGGAGGAGGCGCGCGGGCCCGCGGGGGCCUCGGGGCGAGCCCGGCCAGGCCGGCGCCCCGCCGAAGGCCAGGCCGGCGGCGCGGCCGGGUGGCCGCCCGCCGGCAGCGUGGCCGGGGCGGGCUGGCCAGCCGCAGCCGGAGGCAAGAGCGCCCCCGCAGCGAGCGCCACCGGGGGCUCCGACGCCGACGACGGAGCGGGCGGGAGCUCGGGCCCCGACGACUCCCAAGAGGGCGCAGCUGACAGCAGCAGCGGCGACUCCUCGGGAGAGGGAGGCUGGCGGCAGCCCCACCGCCGGGCGUUGGCGCGAGCGCGUGCGCAGCCCCAGCGCGCUCGCACCGGCGAGGCCGGAGCGCUCGGCGCCUUCGGCACGGGAGGCUACUGGGCACCGCUCGGGCUUGCGUCGGCACCGCAAGCGCCGGGGCAGGAGCGGCUCCGGCCACCGCCGCGCCGUGAGCCGCACGCGCAGCCGGAGCCGCAGGCGGCGCCGCCGGCCGCGCAGCCCGGCCGCGCCGCGACGCCCGCGCAGCGGCCGCCGCAGGCGAGGCUCCAGGGCGCCCGAAGCGGCGAGCGCGCCGGCGAGCGGCGACGGCCCGCUGGCGCCCGCGGCGGCGAGCGCGGCGAGCGCGGCGGCGAGCCCGCCAGCGCCGGAGGUAGCGCCCGAGGAGGCGGGACCGGCGGGGCCGGCAGCGGCGACCCUGGGGGGGGUCGGCGCCACCCCCCCCACGGGGAGCCAGCGCGCGAGCCGCGGCGGCCGGGGCAGGGGCCGGGACCACCGCCCUCGCAGCGCCGGCUCGAGCGACAGCGCCAGCUCGAGCAGCUCGAGCUCGGGCAGCAGCGGGAGCGGCAGCACGGCGCGACGAGCGGCUCCGAGAGCGCCGGCUCCGCCAGAAGCAGGCGGCGACGGAGGGGGCGCCGAAGCGGCCGCCCCCGCACCCACUCGGCCUGGUGGAGCGACCCCGGGCCCGGGUCCCCUGCCUGCGGCAGCGGCGGCCGCCGUGGCGGAGAUCCUCAGGGCGCACGGCUGGAGUUUCCAGACCCCGGAGGGGCGCUGGGCACUGGCCCCGCGGGCGGCGGGGCGUCGGAGACCGGCCCCGCAGGCGGGGCGACGGAAAACGGCAGCACCGGCCUCGCCAGAGGAGCUACGGGCGCCGGCCCCCUGGGAGGCGGGGCGACAGGCACCGGCCCCUCGGGCGGCGGGGCGACGGAGACCGGCCCCGCAGGAGGGGCGACGGUAAGCGGCAGCACCGGCCUCGCCAGAGGAGCGACAGGCGCCAGCCCCCUAGGAAGGGGGGCGACGGGGACCGGCUCCGGCGGGGCGACGGAGCGCGGGGACGUCUUGCUCGUGCCGCUCGAUGCCCUCGAACACGACAUCGAGGCGGAGUACGAGGGCGACUGGGCGCCCGCGCACCCCACCGCAGGCGGCGCUGCCCUGGCGGCUGGCAGCGCGGCGCCCCCGCCUGCGUCCACUCCGCGGGGCGCCACGGCCGGCGGCCUAGCGGUGGAGACGCCGCCGCGGGCGCGGCCGCGCAUCCCCCGGCGCGCGCCGUGGGCGGACGCGGCCGAGGAGGGCCCCGGCCAGGAGGCGGGCUGGCUCCCGGCCCCCGGCGGGCCAAAGCAGCCGGCCCCGGCGCCGGGGGCCGCGGCGCUCAGCCAGCUGGCGGCCGCACUGCGGGCCGUCACAGGCGAGGGCGCCAGCGCGGCGCUCGAGGCGGCGCUGCUGCUGGAGGCGGCGGCGGCGGGCGACCCCACCGCCCACGGGCCCAUCCUCGAGGUGGGCCGGGCCCUGCUGGGGGCCCUCGCGGUGCCGGCCGGCGCGGGCGCGCCGCCGCCCGGGGCGGCGACCGUUCAGAUUACCACCGACGUCCGCUCAUCGCCGGCGUGCAGGCUCGCAGCCGCGGGGCGCGGCCCCGCGGGGCACGCCCGUGCUGCACCCGCGGGCCACGGGCGGCUUCAGAGCCUGCGGCGCGAUUACGAUCGCGACACCAUCGCGGGCGAGGUCCUGAUCGAUUUUCGCCAUCUUGGGCUCGGCCGCCGCGUGCCACUGACCUCCACCAGCUGGGAGGCGGUGCUGCUCGCCCCGUUCUGGGACUACGCGGCGGCCUGGAUGCUGAUCUCCGGCUGCGUCAUCUGGCUGGUGGGGCGGCAUGCUCAGACGGAGGCGGCCGAGUGGAAGAAGCAGGAGGAGGAGGGGGAGAAGCGUGAGUUCGGUAAGUGGAAGCCUUGGUCCUUCAAGCAGGAGGCCAAGAAGGCGACCCCACCCAAUAGGUCGGCGACAGAUCCCGUUGACGGGGAUGCUACAACGGAAGCAGACGUGAUGAGGCGUCCCUGCGAUGAGCUCCUUGCAGAACUUCGCAAGGCCUGGGGCGAUGAUACCCAAAUCGGAGAGCUUAUCCGAGACCAGCGCCGCUUGGACCUCGGCGCGCCGCAACCGCCGCCGAUGGCAUCCCGUGGGACGGCGGCUCGGGAGACGCGCCUCGCGUGCGUCAAAAGGUGCGUCAACGGCACUUGCAGGGCAUCCUGGAAGUGCUUGGUGAGGUGCAUGAGAAAGGUUUGGGAGUGUGGCUGGGAGGGGUGCAGGCAGGUGCUGGUGAAGUGGGUCUACCGCAUCCUGCUGCAGACAGUCCUGCAAUGGUGGCUUCUGUCAUUGUGCGGGUUGUUCGCGAUGGCCUACCUGGAGUGGGAUCGCAUGCGAUACAUGUACGGAUGUCGCUUCUUCGACGCGCAUCUGCCCCUCCAGGUCAAUAUGGGCAACGUGCCGCCUUGGAUGGUCCGCCACUAUAAGGUGGCCUUGGCGUGCAUCUACGCCGCCUCGGGCACCCAGAUAUUCUGCCAGAUCCUUUUCCACUUCGCUGGAAAGUGCAAAUCUUGCGGUGUGUUUGCAGCUGGCGCUGGCUUUAUCAACCGCCCGCGCGACGUGGCCAUUCAGGUGCUCCUGCUGCCGAUGGUGUACGGCCUCUUGUCCGCCAUCAACGUCAGAUACAUGCUCAACAACAUGUCGGCGUCGCUGGCGAAUGAGAGUAAGCCGAUGGGGAACAUCCCAGGCCUCCUCUUCUGCCACAGUGAGAACGAGUCCGCCAGCGUGGCGUCCCUCGUCACACACGACAGGCUGGCUUUCGCCCAGGCCACGGAGAGGCAAGCCUUCGAGUCGAAUUUUGCGCUGGCGGACGCUUACGAGGCGUGGGCGCUGUACCAGUACGUCGAGCUGAUCGUGACGGUGCUUGUUGAGCAUCUGAAGCUUCACGACCAAGUGGGCAAGAGCUUCAGAUUCCUGCUGCGCAUCAACCUGAAGGGAUUUAUGAUUGUGUGCGUGGUGGGGGCCAUGUACAGCGUUGUGAUAACGUGGUUAUGGUGGCGCCUCGGCUACGACCCCACCAACAACUGGUCGUUCGCAAAGGAGUUGGCUGGUCUCCAGCAAGGGGUCGUCUGGUGCAUGUCGUCUAUCGCCAUAUAUUGCGUCUUACAAGCCGAAGUGGAUUUCGAGGAGCAGCUGCAUGAGCACGAUUUCCAGCCCAGGUGGAAGUUCUGGACCAUCAAGGUGAUGAUAGGAUUUUCGUUUUCACUGCAGAUUGUGAUGUCGUUGAUCCGCGACGUGUUCAGCCUGACGCUAGACGAGUGCAAUCUCAUCGACGCUUCGCUGCGCAUCUACGUCAUGGCCAUCGUGGCCUUCUGCAAUAUCAAGGCUUGGUGGCCAAAGGCAAGAUGGUAUAACACAGUGAUCGAGUGCGACAAGCAUCAGCGUCGGGGGACUUUGAGAGAGCACCUGCUGGUGCCGCAAAGCACCGUCAGUCUGGUUCAGGAGCUCCUCCCCGGCCUGUCGGCAGAAGAAGCCAGAGAUUUCGACAAGGUGAAGAGCAAGAUCGAGGGCAAGACUGGCGGGGGCAAGCCCUCGAAGGACGUGUCGAAGGAUCGGAGGAGGGAGGAGCUGCACCUCAUGCUCCACAGGAGCAGGGAGUUCCUCCGACGCCACUUCGACGAGUACGACCCCGCAGAGGAGAGCGCGCCCCAGGCCUCGAGGAGCCGCGGCGGCGGCAGGAAGCCCGAGCGGGCCCCCGGGCCCGUCGGCUCCGAGGGCCGCCGCGCCCACCUCAUCGAGCGCGUGGAGAGCAUGUACCCGCCGCGCGAGAGGGCGUCGAAGAAGGAGCGCCCUGCAGGAAGGGGGUCCCUUCGCGAGCGGCGAAGGACGGAGCUGGUCCGAGAUGGCCCAGCACGGGUUCCGGUCCGCAGGAGGGGGGACCGAUCGCUGCCACUGCAAUAG